AUGCCCCCACGUCUCCCGCGGGGACCUCCCUCAGCGGGCACCUUCCGCAGCACCAGGAUCCCCCUCGGCCCCGGCAUCCCGCACUACCCCCGCCGCACGGCCRCGGGUCCCGCCGCAGUCCCCUCCACGGCCACAACGCCCCGGGCCCACCCCGCGACUCCCCCGGCCCUGGGUCCCUCCGCACCCGCCCCACAGCCCUGCCAGCGGACACUCCACGGGGACCCCGCACCCACGGACUUCCCCGCUCGCCCCCGGCCCGGCCCUGCGGGGCCACCACGGGCCUCGCGCAGCGGGCCCGGCCCCCGUGUCCCCCUCCCGCCGUUCCUCUCCCCCCGUUCCCGGUACCUGCGGCGGCGGCUCCGCUGCCGGGGGGUCGCGGGGGGAGGGUGGGGGGCUCGGGGCUCGUCACUUCCGCUUCCGGCGGCGGGGGGACAGCGCCGCCUCCCGCGCCGGCCCCGCACGGGAGCAUCGGGACCCCCGGGAACACCGGCAACACCGGGACCCGCGAGACCAUCGGGAGCAUCGGGACCACCAGGACCAUCGGGACCGCCGGGGCUACCGGGAGCAUCGGGAACACCGGGACCCUCGGGACCCUCAGGACCACCGGGACAAUCGGGGCCAUCGGGACCACCGGGACCCUCGAGACCACCGGGAUCAUCGGGACCAUCGGGACCACCGGGGCCAUUGGGACCCUCAGGGCCAUCGGGACCAUCAGGACCCGCGGCACCGGCGCCACCGGGGCCUCCGAACCUCCCCGGCACGCACCACCGGAUCCCCCCGAGUGUUCUCCAGGCCUUGCCGGCGGCGGGGAGCUCGAUCCGGCCCCGAGUGGCAGCGGGAACUGGGCGGAAUGAAGGACACCCCCCCGGUCAUACUCCCGAGGCCGUGACCCCGACGCUGCCUGUCCUGGACCAGCGGUGCGGGACCCUCGGUGCUAUGCGUGCCACGGACCAAUUCAGCCCAGUUGAGUCCCCURUUCCCCCUACCAGAAUCCCCCAAGGCGCCGGCACCGCCGAUUCCAUCCUGCUGCCCCCGCCCRGGCACCGGGACAGGGUCGGGGGCAGCACUAGGACCCCCUGCGGCUGCUGUGCCCCCGGAGGCCCCUGAACCCUCGAGGRAGGGUCUCGAGGUUCCCAGCUCUUACCAACCCCGCUGAAUCCUASGGGGACCGGAGGGUCCACCUGGGAGCAGCAGAGGGUGUAUGGGGCUCCUGUGCCCAGUAUGGACCAGUGUGAUCCUKUACAGAAUCACAGUCAUUUCGU